AACACUCGUAGAUCGAUUGCUCAGGACUACCGCAUCCUUUCCUCCUAAAAAAAGGCUAGCAUCUUCAAGAGACUGUCUCUCUCUCUCUCUCUCCCUCUCUCUCCCUCCAGUCCCCGUUAUUAACAGGCGAAAUGGUUUAAUAAGGAAGGUUAAAAGAAGCUGAAGGCUCAGAUAAUACGAUCUGAAACUGUUGUUAUAGCUGAUGUUUUGGAAAAUACAGCUCUGGAAAAAAAUGAGAGACCACUGCCCAAUCUUCAGAUUUGAACCCUAUUGAAAAUCUCUGGAAUGUCAUCAAGAGGAAGAUGGAUGGAUACAAACCAUCAAGCAAAGCUGAGCUGUUUUUUUUUUUGCAAAAAGUGUGGUAUAAAGUGGAGAGCAUGGAGCCAAAACGCAUGCAAAUCGGGGUUAUUCCACCAAAUACUGAUUUCUUAAUGUUAUUUAGCCAAAGCAUUAACACAACCUGGUUACAAAUUAUUUGCAUUUUGUUUUAUUUGAGUUAUUAAAGCUCUGCAAAUACUGCAUGAUCUUGGGUUAUAUUGAUGUGUCGUCAUUUCCUUUAAAUAUACACUCUAAAUAACAAUAGUUAUAUUUUGAAUUUAGGAGAAAUAUUGUCAGCAGUUCACAGAAAAUGAAACAAAACUGUUCAUCUCACCAAUACAUGAACCUGUAAGAAAAGAACAUAAGAAACUGAUUAUUUUGCAGUGGUCUCUAAUUUUUUUUCCAGAGCUGUAUAUUAAAACCUUAAGUAAUUCAACAGCUGUGGUUAGAGGGGAAACAUCAUGUACAAAAAUUAAAGGAAAUAAUCUUGAGUGUGGAAAAGAAAAUCUGACACCAAUGCCACACAAACAUUUUCAGACCUUGUGCAGUUGAUGAUGCUCUAGCUGUGAGAACAGUGUGAUUACGAGGCUCUUAAAAUGUUCUUAACAGGAUUCUAUGCUUAUGUGAUAUCAGGAGCCCCUCAUACUUUGAGGACUGGAUGAGGAAUCAAGGACAGAAGAGAGACAGCUGAGUUGAUGGAAGGGAGAAGGAGCCAAGCCUUCCUUUAGCCUUGGUGCUAAAAGGGUCAAGAGGAUGAGCCAUCAGGUUUGCAUAAUGCAAAGUGUAUGGGGUCUCCUGCUGCUGUGUCCAUUGUCGUGGGCAUCAGAGUCGAUAGUCAUGGAACUGGAAGCCUCCAUGCACUCCACUCUGCUCUCGGACAUGCAGGCGUCUGUAUCCAGAGUGUCAACAGUGUCCGACUCCUUUGCAGUGGUGGGCCAGAUGUUCAGGAUGAGGAUCCCACUGGUGUCGGAAGACUGCCGUGCCAUAGACAUUUUGUCUGGGAUUGGCAGUGCAGCAUUCCCUGAGUGGCUUUGUUGGGAUAGUCAGCUGUGUCUUCUUCAAGGUCUACCACUAGAGGGGGAUAAAGGUCUGUAUCGUUUCAGCUUGUCUUCUGAAGCCUUACAAAGUCAUGAUGGCAGUAUACAUAGUCACUUACUUCUCAGUGGAACUAAAUUGAGUAGUAGCUCUUACACUAACAGCCGGCAACCAGAUGUCUUCAUUAUCACAGUAAACCCAGAAGAUCAACAGGACAUAGAAUCUGCACCAGUGGCACUGCAGACACACUCUAAUGCAACAAAUGUGUGUAUUUGUUCAAGUGGUCAGCCAGUCACUGUACUAACUAUAAUCCUGGAUGCUGACCUCACAAAGAUGAACUCCAGGGAGCGACUGGUGCUGCUGCAGAAAAUGACUCAUUUUGCAAAUGAGCCACCAGAGCUAAUGCGGGUCAUGCCAGUUAUUAACAACCGUUUUUUUGAUAUGACUGCUUUUAUGGCUGGACCAGGUAAUGCAAAGAAGGUGGUGGAGAAUGGUGCUCUGUUGUCAUGGAAACUGGGUUGCGCACUUGACCAAAGCAGCUUGCCUGAUAUUAGUGGGGUCCAGGUGCCAGCAAAAGAUGGUACUAUGUCGACUCUACUGGGUUACCCAGUGGUCGGCUGGUACAUUGUCAAUAAGAAACCUCAGGUGGUCAGGCGAGUCAGAAGACAGAUCCAUAACACUCCAACACCUGUGCCUUCCCAGUUUCCUCCAACCACACACUUAGUACCUGCAGAGCGUAUUGUGCCUGCUCCAGCAUCCCCUUUCAUUGCUCCCUCGACAAAUCUGUUGGUAAAUCCUGCUCGUGGUCCUUUGCCCUUACCAGUUAAACCUACAAUCCGUAUGCGGGAUCAGAUAGCUUACACACCUGUCCUUAUUCAACCUCUACCCACUCAAGUCCUGGGCAGUACCAGCACUCUCCCCCUGCAACCAACACUGACUCGCCCUGGUUAUGUGGAGCCGACUGCCUCUGUUACUCCUCCAACCACUCGUAGACCCAAGACCUCCACCUCGAAAAAGGGUAAGAAAGCAAAGAUCACUCCAAUGCCUAGAGAGCCAAAAACUACAGAAAUAACAUACAGCAGUCCAGUGACUAACCAAAAGCCUCAGUUACUUAACUCUAUUGGUGAAGUGAAUGUGUGGGUUGGGACAUACUUUGAGGUGAAGAUUCCAGCCAAUACGUUCUUUGAUCAGGAAGAUGGAAACACAGAAAAGUUACGGCUGUUAUUGCAAGUUAAUCUUUAUGAGGCACUGGAUCAGGGCUCUUGGAUACAAUUUAACAGCAGCAGUCAGCUCCUGUAUGGCUUUCCUGACCAGAACCAUGUUGGCAGGCAUGAGUUUCUAAUGAUGGCAAUAGACAAAGAAAAUUCAAGCACCAUGGAUACUUUUCAGGUUCAUGUAAACAAUUGGCCAGUUGAUGACCAGUCUCCAGUUGUGUUUACAGCUCACUUUCAAGGAGAACCCACAGUGUUGACCAAUGAUAUCCACAAGAAAAUCCUAUUUUGCAAGAAACUUGCCUCUGCACUGGGUGAUCGUAACAUCAGUUCUGUCACUUUAAGAAAUAUCUUAAGGGGUUCUAUUCUCGUGGAAUGGACCAAUAGCAGCUUGCCUAAAAAUCCUUGUCCAGCAGAACAGAUUCAUGAGAUGUGUCGCAGGAUUUCAGACGCUCAAGGUCAUCCCACAUCCAUCUUUUACAGUGCAAUGGAGCCAGAGUUCAUACCUAUUAAUAUUGGGGCUCGUGGUGCCAACAAAUGCCAAAGGUUCUCAUUUCUGCCACUAGCAGAGGUCUCCAUUCCUGUAUCACCAGAGAAUACUUCUGUUUCUGUGCCAUCCACAGUCUCACCUUCAUCUAGCUCAGGCUGGCAUAGCAGCGAUGAUGUCUAUUUACACACAGUUAUCCCAUCUGUAGUGGUGGCUGCCUUGCUGCUCACAGCUGGUUUCAUCGCAAUGGUGUGCUACAGAAAGAAACGUCGUGGAAAAUUGACUACAGAGGAACAGGCCACCUUCAUCAAAAAGGGUGUUCCUAUUAUUUUUGCAGAUGAGUUGGAUGACGCUAAAUCCCCACCCUCUUCCAGCAUGCCAUUGAUCUUGCGUGAAGAGAAGCCACCCAUGGCUCCUCCCCAUUACCCCAGUUCAGCUUGUGGAGAAGUCCAUCAAAUCCUAGAAGAAUACAUCUCCUUCAAUGAUGAUGAUGAUGAUGAUGAUGAUGAUGAUGAUCCCAGUGCUCCUCCUUAUCAGCCUCCUCCUCCAUUUACAGUUCCUAUAGAGGGCAGGGGUUCUCGACCGAAGAACAUGACAGCCUACAGGUGUCCACCACCCUAUGUGCCCCCCUAAUAAGAAAACAGUACAUCUCUCAACUGGCUCAUAGUAGACAUUUUAAGAAAAGACAUCAUAGUCCAAAUAUGGAAUAGAUAAAGUGACUGGGUUUGUGUGUUUGGACAAAGCCCUUGACUUCAAGGCAUGCUGGAUUAUUGUUGCUCUAAAUGACUCAGCAGUGCACUCAAAUCUACAAAACAUAAUGUUAACUACAGGUCCAGACUUUACAAGACCUUGCAUCAAACUCUGACUCAUUUGGAAUGUUUGAACCUGUUACUCCAGAGCAGUAACUAGGAUCUGUGGCUUCAGAAAGAAGGUAAAUCCUGUACUUGUUAACCAUUUUGAAAUUGACAGACUGGAAUGCUCCGCAACUUCUACUGCCCCUGAGUGUCACAGAAUCAGAUGGUAAGCUAGAGCCCCUAAGCAGAGACGAGGCACUGCCUAAAUACAUUUGUUGUCUGUAUAGUUGACGUUUCUGAUUUUUUAUAACAAUAUUUUUUAAUGUCUUUACUUGGCUCGACGCAACAUUUAUAUGGAGUAUUAUGUUUCUAUGUUCUAUUAAAAAAAAAAAAAAAAGGAAACCAUUGGUUAUAUCAAUCUGGUCAUGAAACAGCCUCAUAGGCAGACAGAGACAUUUGUGUAAAUGAUCAUUUCAGUCUAAUAUAGAAUCUCUUUAUCCUCUGUGUAUGCAAUGCAGAUCAAAACCUACCUUGUCAUUAGAUCUGUUUAUUAAACCACGGUAUAAAUUAAUUUGCAGAUGGAGGUGCCAGACUCCAUCCAUGAAAUUCUGUAACCAACAAAAUCGUUAAUGACAGGUUUUAAACAAUAGGUGAGCGAGUAACAAGCCUGCCGACUCAUUGUAGCUAUCCAGUCGUUUUUCUUACCAUGAAUUCUUUUGUGGUUCUGUCACAACUGUUAAAGAUGUUUCAGUUGCUACCAUACUUUGCAAAUAGACAAUAACCCAUUCUUAUAUGCCCCUUUAUCUGCACUUAUUUUUCCCUUCUCUUUGUUGUAUUGUGGCACUGCAUUUGGUGUUUGUAUAUAAUUGUGUGCUGGCUCCACCUGUGGAAUAAAAUACCAGAACACUAGAACUAGUAGAACAAAAAAGGGUUUUAUUUUAAAAGCAUUUUUAAGAAAUAUGAUUAUUAUAUUGUGAAACCAAAAAAAAUGCAGUAUGUUAGUAAAUCUGAUUUGACUGGACUGUGCAUUAGCCUUGUGUUCUGAGUGUUUUAGAAAGACUGACCAGCAAAAGGAAAUAUGUUAUAAAUACAAGAAUGGCCACAUCAAACAACUGAAAUAAUUCAGUCUAAUGUUUUUGCUACUUUUUUGAUACCUCUGAAAAUUCUAUAUAAAAGUUAUAAAAUGUGUGAGAUAAUGUGAAAUACCAGUUAGUGGCAGACAGGGCUCUCCAAUAAAAACUGAUUGCAGCAGAAUAAUCUUGUUCAUGAACAUAAAUGACAAUGAAAUUUCUUUUAGUAUUCUAAACAAGUUGCAGUUUGGGCCAAAAGCUUUGGUUUACAACAAUACGACAUGAAGAGUACAACUCAGGACAAACUACAACUAUGUAUAAACUAAUCAAGCUACAAACAAUAACCCUACCACAAGGAUGCAGAAAGUGGGGGAUUCCUUCAGCUGCAACUGCUAAUAUAUUAAUAAAAUGUAAACUUUACAACAAAGUUUUAAAAAUUGAGUGUUUUGGAGUUUGUAUGUCGACUAUCUUAUUCCUCUUAUACCACAGCGAUUUGCCAAACAUUACCAUUUUUCAUUUAUUAAUGAAAGACAAAUUGCACUUUUUUACAGUUUCCAGUUCUUAUUUAUUGUGCUGUAUACUAAUAGAUUUAUUUGUCAAUUGUAUAUUUGAGUGUUUAGUAAAGAAAUUUGGUAUUCAUGAAAAUCCAGAAAAAAAUGUUUAUAUAUUAUUUCUGCUACUGAGUGUAUGAAAUUGUAUGCAUUUAUGAGUUAGAAGGCUAACUAAUGUUAAAUCAUAUUAUUUGCAUGGAUUACUGCACUUUAAUAUAAUAUACUGUCUAGAUUACUUCAAUACGUAUUACGUUUAAAGCACCCAUAUCCAGAGCAGCUUACAAAAGCGCUUUAAAAUCUCUAUCAAAAACACCUCGUCCUGCUAGUUCAUUAGGUCUGGUCUUACAAAUACAGUUGUUUUAUAUUAUAGGCAUUAAUUAAAGAAUAUAAAAAUGAAAGAAAAUUAGCCAAAACAAGCCCAUGUAUUAAGACAAAUAAAACUAAUCGUUCAUUUACAGACAGACAAAUGUCACAGCUGAUUUAGCGUGUGCUUGUUAGUAGUAUUAUGUUGGAUAUAUUCUUAAAAGUUUAUAUUAGUAUAGAAGAUAAUUUCCCUUUCUCUUUUUCAGGAUUUAAUCCGAUAGAUGAUGCUUACAGCUGUCUGUGCACUUUUUUGUUUAAUUAAAUUAAAGAUAGAAAAAUACAAGCUGGGAUAUUACUGUAUAAAGCUAUUAUAAUGUAAAGGAAUGACAGGAACUAACGUCUGUGUCAUGAAAUUUACUAUCUGAUAAAAAUGACUGACUCCUACAAUAAAUAUUAAAUUAAUGCCUAAAUAACAAAAAAAAACUGCAGUUAGUACCACUGACUAUACACUUCUUAGUUAAACAUUACAUUUUAAAUGUGUUUAUUAUUAGGCUUAGGUUAUAUAGAACAUCCACCAAACAAGGUGCUGCAAAUGAGAUUUUACUACUGGGAAGAUAAUGUAUCAUUUUAUUAUAGUAUUAAUAUAUACCCAUCACUGAUGCUGCAGUUGAAAAUAACGCCAGAGCCGUAUCGUUAUUGAAAAUAAAUAAACAGCUUUGGAUUCAAGAAGUUAGCCUCGCUGUGGUAUAAUAACUGUAAUCAACAUACAUUCUCUUUUAAAAGUCGACAAAUCAUUAGGCACCAUCCCCACAGUACCUAGCAAUACCUUUUUCUUACAGAUAAGCACUGGCCUAUAUUUAAAUUUAUUUUACCCACAGAGCUGUUUUAACAUAAAUAUUGUUGAAACGGUCAUUUGGUGAAUGUAAUCUUUUAACACUGCAGUUGGUAUCUUGUAUUUUGUCUGUAAGAAGCAAUGAAAAUGGGAUGGCACAGAAUAAGGAGUCUAAUUAUCUGUUAUAAAAAUGUUAUAGUUAUGAAAUAUCAGAUUAUUAUGAUCUAACAGGAUACAAAUGAGACUUAGAACAUUGUAUUUCUACUAGAGAAAAAAAAAACACGAGGUUGCAUAAACGGAUAGGACAAACAAACCAUGACAACAGAAGGAAGAAAAUGAAAUGAAAUGAAAAUUCAGGAAGAACAGAAUGAAAUUUGUUUUUCUACUUUGUUUUUGUUUGUUAUUCUAAAAGCAACCAUUAAACAAUGGCAUUAAGAGAUGGACUAUAAGGAGAUUUAAAAUAAGCUACUGAAAUUUCUUGAAAUGUCUUGUAACUAGGUACGAAUGAACACAAAAAUGACUGAAUGAACGUUUAGUGAAAAAGCAGUUUAUUUGUAAUGGGAUUCCUGGCAUGAAGUACUCAAUAACAGAUGAUUGUGCCUGUUUAAAGACAAAGCAAAAUGUAAACUAUUACUUUUAUCAAGUUCUAUUUUUAAGUUUAUAUUUUUUCUGUUCGCUUCAGUUCAAUAAUUACAAUAAUAGACAAAUAAACAUUUUAUUCACAC